AAUUAUAUCACACCAUCUCCAGAUCCAAAUAUCCAUGGCACUGCCUAAAUACAGCAUGCACUUAGCACUUUCUUUACUGUUAUUUUGUGUUCAUGCAGUAGUAAUCUUUGCUGCAAGUUCUGAUGGGCUUGUACAACAAUCACAAGACUGGUUAAACCAUGGUGGAGAUUUGUUCAACAGAAGAUACGCUUUCAAAGAGUAUAAGAUCAGCCCCGAAACAGCCCCGAACCUCCGUUUGAAGUGGAAAUUCUAUGCAGGCAAAGAUAUCACUGCAACACCAGCAAUCUCUGAUGGUACCCUUUAUUUUCCAAGCUGGAAUGGUUACAUCUAUGCAGUUAAAGAAGACGAUGGAUCACUGGUUUGGAAGCAGAACUUGCAGAAAUUGACAGGUCUAAAUGCAACUGGUCGUGUUAACAAUGUAAAUUCGACAGUUUCAAGGUCAACUCCCACAGUUGCAGGGAAUUUACUGAUAAUUGGAAUCUAUGGCCCUGGUGUUGUCAUUGCUGUCAAAAGAACCACAGGUGAGCUUGUAUGGAAGACCACUUUGGAUCACCACCCUGCAGCAGUCAUCACCAUGUCUGGAACAUACUACGGAGGAUACUUUUAUGUCGGAACAUCCUCACUGGAAGAAUUUGUACCCCUUGCGGAAUGCUGCACAUUUCGUGGAAGUCUUGUAAAGCUUAAUGUUCUAUCUGGUGCCAUCUUGUGGAGGACCUAUAUGCUACCAGAUAACAAUAACAUGAGAGGGGAAUAUGCAGGAGCUGCCAUUUGGGGAAGCAGCCCCUCUAUUGAUGUUAACAGAAACCAUGUCUAUAUUGCCACUGGAAACCUCUAUUCUGCCCCACUACGCAUACUUCAAUGUCAAGAAAGGCAAAACAAUCAAACUACGCCAACUGAAUCAGAUGAGUGCAUUGAACCAGACAACCACUCCAAUUCAAUGUUGGCCCUUCAUAUGGGUUCUGGGAAGAUCAUAUGGUACGAACAGUUUGGAGGUUACGAUCUAUGGCUCGCUGAAUGUAUUGUUCCUUCAACUCCUAAUUGUCCUCCUCAAAUUGAUGAACCAGAUAUUAAUUUUGGGGAGGCACCAAUGAUGUUAACCAUAUAUGUUAAUGGAACCAAGAAAGAUAUUGUUGUUGCAGUCCAGAAAAGUGGCUUUGCAUGGGCCUUGGAUCGUAAUAAUGGCAAACUCGUUUGGAGUAGGAGAGCUGGGCCUUACGGGCUAAUAGGAGGUGGAAUAUGGGGUGCAGCAACUGAUAUAAGGAGGGUUUACACCAACAUUGCGAAUUCAGGGGCAAGAAAUUUCACUCUUGCACCAUCAAACAUCACUACAAGAGCUGGUGGGUGGGUGGCAAUGGAUUCCAGCAAUGGCAGGGUUCUAUGGUCCACAGCUAACCCCACUAACAGCACUGCCUAUGGCCCUGUUAGUGUUGCAAAUGAAGUUGUCUUUGCUGGAUCUGCUGAUAGAAAUGGAUACAUAUAUGCAAUUGAUGCCAAGAGUGGGAAGAUUUUAUGGUCCUACGAAACUGGAGCCAGUGUCUAUGGAGGCAUGUCAAUCAGCAAUGGGUGCAUGUAUGUAGGUCAUGGAUACAAUGUUUCUGCAGGGUUUAGCUUAGGCUUAACGGGUGGAUUCUAUCUCUUUUGUUUCUGUGUCGUCUAAGAAUUUACAUGGCUAAUACUCAAUAUGCCUGUUUGAAUCAGUUGUAAUUUUAAAAAAUAAUUAUUUUU